AUGCCGCAGCCGCCGCAGCUCCAGCCAUCGCCAGCAGUUGCACGGCCUCCCCGGCCACGUGCCGCCACUAGUCGCCUGGUUAACCAUUCGGACUUGCAUGAUGAUGACAGUCGUCCAGUUGCCGAUGCAGAUGCCUGUCGUCCACGUGCCGAUGCCACAGAUGCCUGUCGUUGGGGAGUAGACCGACAGGUACUAAUAGCUGGUUGUCCGCAAGUCUUUACGGGAAGAACAACUGCGGCACUACCAUCUACCGUGGGCCCAUCAUCUGACAUCGUCAGGCUCAUUGAGGAUUUGCUUCGAUCCCGGGCUGGUUCGGGUUCCGAACCGCCCUCUCCCAAGCCUGCACCAGCUGCAGCAGCAAGGGCUUCAGUCCGUGCUACAGAUGCUGCAGGAGACGGCAAGCAGGAGGUUGUAGCAGCAGGACCCCUUUUGCCCCCUGCUACAGCUGGCUGGUCCCACGCUGCUACGGAAGAGACAGCUACAGCAGCAUCCGAUGCGAGGGUGGCGCUGGGAGGGAAUCAUGGGCCAGGGGAGUGGCUGCAUCGUCUUACAAGGGCCCAACAGCAGGAGAGGGUGGAGAAGGAGAAUCAGCAGCAAAAACAGAUAGAGGAGGAGGAGGAGGAGGAGGAGGAGGAGGAGGAGGAGGAGGAGGAGGAGGAGGAGGAGGAGGAGGAGGAGGAGGAGGAGGACGAGGAGGAGGAAGAAGAAGAUAAAGAAGCAGAACAGGUACACCAGCAUCAAGGGAAGAAGCAGCAGCAGGAGCAGGAGAAGGAGCAGCAGCAUGUAAGAGAAAUGGAAGGCACGAAAAGUUAUCAGCAGCAGCAACAGGAGCACGAAGAGGAGGAGGAGCAGCAGGGGCAGAAGGUGCAGCAGGGGCAGAAGGUGCAGCAGGGAAAGGAGCAGGGGAAGCAGGCUCGGGAGAAUCAGGUUCAGGAGAAGCAGGCUCGGGAGGAGCAGCAGAAGCAGCAGUGUGACAUGGUGGCAGUGGCGAUAGUUGGCAUGAUCAAGAACCUCGCACUGGCUGCUGCCAGCCUGCUGCCUCCCCACCAGCAGCACCGCGCUCUCCUUCCCCUGCUCCCUCUGCUGCCCAACCUGCACGUUGCGUCGACUCUGCGGAGGCAGGGCCUGCCGAGCCAGAUUCUGCCGAACCAAUCUUCGCCAAACCAGGCUCUGAUGAAUCGAGGGACCUUCUCCUCCCCCACAGCCUUCUCCUACCCCACAGCCUUCCCCUCUCCAACAGCCUUCUCCUCCCCCACAGCCUUCUCCUGCCCCACAGCCUUCUCCUCCCCCACAGCCUUCUCCUCCCCCACAGCCUUCUCCUGCCCCACAGCCUUCUCCUCCCCCACAGCCUUCUCCUCCCCCACAGCCUUCUCCUCCCCCACAACCUUCUCCUCCCCCACAGCCUUCUCCUCCCCCACAGCCUUCUCCUCCCCCACAGCCUUCUCCUCCCCCACAGCCUUCUCCUCCCCCACAGCCUUCUCCUCCCCCACAGCCUUCUCCUCCCCCACAGCCUUCUCCUCCCCCACAGCCUUCUCCUCCCCCACAGCCUUCUCCUCCCCCACAGCCUUCUCCUGCCCACAGCCAGGCUGCCAGCACAGCGAGCACAACCCUCAUUUUCUCCGUUGUCUUACCCUCUUCCAUUGUCUUAUCCUCUUCCCUUGUCUUAUCCUCUUCCCUUGUCUUAUCCUCUUCCCUUGUCUCAUCCUCUUCCCUUGUCCAUCUCUCCCCUCCCUCUCGGUCCUCACCCUUACAGAUUCUGCCCCACAGCCUUCUCCUGCCCCGAGCCCGGCUGCCAGCACAACGAGCAGCACUUUCGUUUCCGCCCACUCAAGUCUCUCUCCUCGCUGCACACCCACCACCUCCGCGUGCACGGCACCAAGCCCUUCACCUGCUCCCGCUGUCAGGUCAAGUCCUUUGCCCUUCAGGCCGACCUGCGAACACACGAGAAGCGGUGCGGUGUAA